CGCUAUUUUCCAUUUACUCUGGAGGGGCAGGCCAAGAUGUGGCUGGACAACCGGCCUCCGGGGUCAAUCACCACAUUCACCGACUUGGCCAACAAAUUCUUGACUAGCUAUCAUCCUCCUUCUAAAAUAGCGGACCUGCAGAAGGAGAUUACCCAUUUUUCCCAGGAGGAGGAUGAGACCAUCCGGGAUGCUUGGGAGAGAUACUCAGGUCUUUUCCUAAAGUGCCCCAACCAUGGUUUCAAUGACGCCUUCAAGGUGGACACCUUCUAUCGAUCUCUAUUUCUUGAACACAAGCAGCUGAUUGACUCGGUCUUUGGCGGUAACAUGCUUACCAAGACGCCGCCGCAGUUGAACUCGCUCUAUGAAGAAAUGGCAGAGCAAGGUUAUGAUUGGGGGUCUGCUAGGAGGUCUCGACGAGCACCUGGUCGUGGUGUUCAUCGUGUGGACACCCAGUCAUCUGACUUGGUGCAGGUGGUUACUAAACUGGUCACGACGAUCGAUAGAAAUAUAAUGGUUCCCGAUACAGGGCAGCAACAGGCGAUGUAUUGCCACUGGUACGAGAGUAGCCACCACCCGAUUGAAGUAUGCCAGGCAAUGAGGGAAUCUACUACACCCCAAGAUCAGCUGGACUUCAACGGCAGUGCUAGGCGCUUCGACCCAUACAACAACGCUUAUAACGAGGGGUGGAGCCAUCAACCUAACUUCUCUUGGAGUGGUAGCAGUAAUCCUAAGCCACUUGGUUUGCAGCGACCCCCCCGGCUUCAAAAGACCGUCGUACCAGGCCCGCCAAGGCCAGUUUUAGCAGCCGCAAUAGCCUAUUUAUCCUCCUAGACAGGGGCAAUCUCUUUCUUAACAUCCGUCACUACGAUUUCAGCAGCCGGGCGCAACCCCAUCAGCACCAAUAUCGCGAGAUCUGAUGGCCGAGCUGCGCAACAUCGUGGGUUCCCUUGCCAACACCAGCGUCUAGAAAUUCAACAACAUGGAGCGACUCAUGGAAUAGGCCUCGGGACAGUUCUUGGAUCUUGAAGCUCGUUAGAAGUCACUUGAAGCUAGUUAGUAGCCCAAAAUGUAACGGCCCGCUCUUUUUCGAAAAACCAAACCAUAACUCAAACCAAAAAUAGGUUACUCCGGAGCAACCCAAACAAAUUUUUAAAAUAAAUAAACCGACAAUGUGUAA